AUGUCUCGGGACUCGGGUUCGCGACCACUUCCGAACGCAGAGCCGCUCCUGGCGGUGGGGGCAGCUCCCGCCGGGGCCAGGCGCUGCGGCGCGGCUCGCACCCGGUCCCUGGCGCGCUUUGCCCGUCGCACCCGUCUGCUCGAGAAGAAGGCGCACUCCGAGCGGAGCUCGGGCUCCUGUCCCCCAGAGGGCGGUGUAGCGACUUCCAGUGCUUCGGGAGGGCGUGGCGGGCAGCUUCGUUCGCGACCCUCGCGAAUCCACGGCUCCGUAAGGUCGCAGUCGGAGGCCCGUGGCUCCGCGCGGGCGCUCCCGGGGGCGCUGGCCGCACAAGCGGCGCCGGACUCCUCGCAGAAAGCCUCGUGGGCAGUUUCAGGAGUCGGCCGAAGGCGAGUGACGGCCGUGCAGAACUUUGCAAUUGUUUUUAACGCCAGUGCCCUGAGGAUAACGGCCCAUUCCGGUACCGAAAGGCUCCAGCUGCGGGUCACAGGCGCGCGGCCCCGCCCCCGGCAGCCCACCGGUUACGGAGUCGGCAGAUUCAGUUCCUGCCCGGUGGCCUCUGCUCGGGGUCGCCCCUCCCCGGGGACCUGCCAGCUGCCGUCUGAAGCCCGCCCAGCAGGCCGGGCGGUCUCCUUGCCCCUGACCCGUGCACACCCGUCCGAGACGCCGCGUUGCCUCUGCAAAGCGCGCGCAGCUGAGAGCCUGGCCGCCCUUGCCCGUGGCCUCUGCUCCAGCCAUCCAGCCUGCUGGGGGCUCGCGCAUAGCUUGCUCCUGGGCUUGUGGAGGACGUCCCUGAACCAAGCGGGAUGCAGUGUCUCCUUCGGCUCACAGGGUACCCACACACUCCCUUUGUGGCUUGCGCUCCCUGGUCUGUCACUGUCACCUGACGGUACCUCGUGACGGACCACAAGCGCCAGCUUCCCGAGAGCUGAAGCGUCCGGUGCGCCGUGCGGGUUCCACAGCCGCUUGUUGGAAGCGUGAAGGAACUGGAGGGACGCCGAGGACCUUCCCUGGAAGCACUCUCAGCAGAAGGAGCCGGGACUGAGGAGAGAGCGACCGCAGAGCUCACUGAGAAAGUCUGGACUGAUGGACACCCCGAAGUGGAGCCCGGUUGGUGGGGCUGCUGCUGGUGGCACCAGCCGAGCAAGAGCUUUCUGAGCGGAAGAGAGGAGGGAAGGGGAUGCGCCCAGCCUGGGCCUUGGUGACCUGGCGGGGCUGAGAGCAGGCGCUCAGGGACAGCCCGCGGAGGGGGAGGGUGGAGAGGUCCGCGAUCCGGGAGGAUGGCAGCGUGGAGCCAGGAGCCCCUGCUGCCCAGGGAGCGCACAGAGGACACAGCCGCGGUGGCCUGGCGAGGUCCGGGGCUGCGCAGGCGCAGAGUUGCUAGGAGACGUGAUUAGCAGCCCCGUGUGCAGCAAGGCGCUGUCCAGCAUGGCGUUCCCCAGAAAUGAUGCACUUGGCAGUCGCGGGGGACGAGCAAGCGCGGUGGCUGGGCGGGGGUGGAACACGGUAGAUGGGAGCGAGCUGAGCGGAGGGUGCAGGUGAGGUGGAGGCAGCUAGGCUGCCCGAACGCGCUCCGGAGGGAUUCGGGCCGUGCCGUAGGGGGGCAUCAAGCGGCGGCAGGAGGGGAACAGGUGAGUGGCUGACGGGGGAAGGACGGCGGUAGAGGUAAGCCCCGGCAGGCGUGCCCGGCGCCCCUGUGGAGGCUCUACGGAGGGAGGUAGAGCCCUGGGCCAGAGCCCCGAAGAGUCCAGCACUCAGCGAGGCACCUGGGGCCAGCAAGGAGGUGGUGGGUGCAGGGCCACCGGUGCCCUCUGGGGCAGCGGCCAGGUCGGCCCAGGUUUCAGCCAGGUGGCACCACUACCUGCUGAGCUGCUUGAUGGGGGGGGGGGGGUCUGUGGGAGGAGGAGCCAGAGGCUCUUCGAGCCCAGGUGGGGCCUCCAUUGGACAGAUUGGCCUUUCUCUGAAGGGAGCUGUUAACAGCUUAUUGGUUUUAAAAGAGAGUUGAAGAACUUUUUAAAGGGUAAUAAAUUGAGAAUAAAAUGCAGGCGACCUCCUUUCCUGAAGUCCUGGUCAUGUGGAGCAGCCAGGUCCUACCCACCCACAGCCUUUCUGUGGCUGCUUUUGUCUCGCUCUCAAAACCCAGCAGCAAAAAUGAAACCCCCACUCACUGAGGUGCCCCCCACCCAAAGCCUUGACUCCAGGUCCGGCUGCUGCUUGGCCUCACAACCACAAGUGGGCAGCAAACACCGGGAGUCGGGGCCGCGGCCUUUGCCGUCCCCAGGUGCGGGGCCGCGAGGGAGAGCUGCGCCGCUGGCUGGCUGUGCACAGGCUCCGGUGCCCUGCAGCCCGGCUGAACAGAGUCCCGUGAGGCGAGCUGAAAGGGGGCGGUCCGGUGGGGUCGCCCUACCCAGCACCGGCACCUGCACGCGCUCCUGUUGGGACUGCGGCUGCGUCCCAGCGCACGGAGCAUCCUAAGUUCAUUGGCUGGGUGAAACAACAGGAACGCUUUCCCUGAUUACUUUUUUAAAAGAUUUUAUUUAUUUUUAGACACAGGGCAAGGGAAGGAGAA